CACACUUCCUGAAGCGAGCGCUGCCCAAAUAUGUAGAGAUAAAAAAAAACGCUGAGGAAAACAUGUAACACUCUGGACUUUUGACACAUCAGGCCAGGACAUACGAUUAUACUUCAAAGAUUAUUUGCACAUUGCUGGUGUAAAGCAUGUCCAUGUGGCAAUAUCUAACAGCCCUCCUGCUGAUAACUGUACAAACAUGUAAAGCAUUUCCAGCUCAGAGGUGUGAGGAAUUUACAGAUCUGGACGUCAGUCAUGCAAUCAUUGGCACCAGCCUCAAGGUGAGGUUGUUGCUGUACACCAGGGAAAACAGCACGUGUGGUCUGCUCAUGUCCCACACCAACCUGACUGCACAUCCCCAGUUCAGCUUGUCCAGACCCACCACCUUUGUCAUUCAUGGCUACCGGCCCUCUGGAUCUCCCCCAAUGUGGCUGAAGCGCAUAACGGAGUUACUGCUGGUCAGAAAAGAUAUUAAUAUCAUAGUAGUGGACUGGAACAACGGAGCCGCUAAUCUGAAUUACUUUAAAGCAGUGCAAAACACACGCAAGGCGGCAGACAACAUCACAAGUUUCAUUAAAAAGAUGCAGGAUGAAGGUGCCUCCCUGAGCUCCAUCCACAUGAUAGGAGUCAGUCUCGGAGCUCAUAUGUCAGGAUUAAUAGGUGCCAGCUUGAACGGGACAAUUGGAAGAAUUACAGGUCUGGAUCCCGCUGGGCCUCUGUUCACUGGUCAUCCUCCAGAGGACCGACUGGACCCCACAGAUGCCAAGUUUGUGGACGUUCUGCACACAGACAUAGAUUCGCUGGGAUUCAGACAAGCUCUGGGUCACAUUGACUUCUAUGCUAAUGGAGGAACAGACCAGCCAGGCUGCCCAAAGACCAUCUUUUCUGGAGGCGCUUAUUUGAAAUGCGACCACCAGAGAUCAGUGUUGCUCUUCCUGGACUCUCUGGAUUGGACGUGUGCCUCCAGGGCCUACCCCUGCUCCUCUUAUAAUGACUUUCUGGAUGGGAAGUGCUUGAGCUGUGAGCGGUUUGGUGCUGCAGGGUGUCCAAUCUUUGGUUAUGAUGUCAUUAAGUGGAAGGACGCCCUGCUGAAACUGAAGGAAACUAAAACAUACUUCGCAACAAAUACAGAGUCUCCAUUCUGCAUGACAAACUACAGAGUGGAUGUGAUGAUUUGGAACAAAGAAGUCCGAUGGGGAUACAUUACUGUUAAACUUCACGGUGAUGGGACAGAAGCAGUGGCAACCAUCGACCAUAAAUCAUCAGAGUUCAAGACGUACACAGAGACCAAGCUGUUGGCCAACUUUGACAAAGACAUUCAAUCAGUAAAAAAAGUGUCUCUCAAUUUCUCCACCGGGAAUGUAUUCCAGCCAAAACGUAAACUCCGUGUUCUCAGAGUUCGUCUCACAAACCUGGAGCGCAAAGAAAGGCUCCUGUGCCGAUAUGACGUCCUCAUUGAGGAGAACAAAGAGGUCACCUUCAGGCCUGUACCCUGUGAAGAAUCCAACUUCUGAGAUAAAGUCUGACUCCACACCCAACAUUUCACUGCUCGUACUGACUCUUCAAUUCCUCCAGUGUACAACAUAAAAACGACUGCAAAAACUGCAAAUUAUACAGCAGCAACCUGUCAGCCAGA